CGCAGGUAAUGUCGCUUAAAGAGUUGUAUCCCCUCCUGCGUUCUAGUUCGAGAAAUCCUGCUUCCACGUCGCUUCAUACUGCAUCUACUGCUCCGCCAGUGUCGACCAUUCACCGGACACUCACAUUUGUUAUUGACGGAUAAGGUGCGCAAGCAUGUCUUUGGCAGAUGCAGUCAACGGCCCGAAACCGAGCAACCCGGAGCGUCCGGAGACUUUCAUCAGUCCUAUGAACAGAAAGCUCUACGACAGUAAUGUCACUUUCGAAGAGUAUCUGCACUAUGCCAAGCGCACAAGAGCUGACGAAGAGGCCGAGCAGCACAUACCUCAAGCAGGUCUUUUGCAACAGGUUUUCAGGAGGUCGUCAACAGCUCCCGAGCCACCUGGGCCAACUCAUCACAAUGGUGCGAGUCCCGAGAAUGGUGGUGUAGAAGAGAAGGCUGGGAAGGAUGUUGCGGCGGCGCCAGAUACAGACCAGGAGGGGACCCAUCCCCGCCGCAGGAGCAUUCUAUCCCGACAUUCUAUCAUCACAGACGAUGAGUGGCGAAAUGCUGCUCGCGCAAUGCGGACUGCCAGCUGGGGUGCCGGUUUCUAUCUGAUCACGACGGAUAUUCUGGGACCUUAUGGUGUCGGUUUCGCCCUGGGCACGCUAGGUUGGGGUCCUGGCAUUGCGCUUUACACCGUGUUUGCUUUCAUGGCCGGCUAUUCUGGAUACCUUCUCUGGCAAGUCUACCUUGGUCUUGAUUCAUACGAAUUUCCGCUCCGCAACUAUGGAGACCUUGCCUACCGUACAAUGGGCAACGUCGCGCGAUAUGUCGUCAAUAUCCUUCAGUCGAUCCAGCUGCUCCUCAUCUGCGGUCAAGUCAUCAUCCAGAACGGACAGGGGAUCUCGCAGACUUCCAGAUUCCGACUUUGCUAUGCCGUUUGCAUCAUUCUUUUCGUGAUCGCAGGCUUUUUCAUGGGACAAGUUCGCACUUUGCGAAACUUUGGUAUAUUCUCCAUGAUCGCUGUGGGCCUGAAUCUCAUGGUCAUCUUUAUAUCAAUGGGCGUUAUGGCGCAUUCGCCUCCCAACUAUAGCAUCAGCGUUCUCGGUUCUGCAGGUUCAGCCGUCGACCCCGACUCGAUCACCCCAGAUGCUCAGGGAAAUUAUCCCCCGAUCAUACACUACGGUGGCAUGCCUCCAUCCUCUUCUUUUGUCGGCGCCCUGAAUGGAUUGCUUUCGGGAGUGUUUGCGUAUGGUGGAGCGCAAAUCUUUGUAGAGAUCAUUUCCGAAAUGCGUCGUCCGUGGGACUUUAUCAAGGCCAUGUGGCUGGCUCAGUUCUUCAUUUACUCCGUCUACCUGAUAUAUGGUUGCUAUGUCUACCAUUACCAAGGACAAUAUUCUUUCACCAUCUCGUACAUGGGACUGAGUGUCUAUGGCUUUCAAGCCGCGUGCGACAUGAUGGUGGUUCUCUCGGGAUUGAUUGCAGCUGGCCUGUAUGGAAACAUUGGUAUCAAGGUGCUCUACAACCAGGUGUUGCAAGAAAUCUUCAACGCUCCACCACUGACCUCGAAGGCUGGAAAAUACCUCUUUGGCUCCAUUGUCCCCAUCUAUUGGAGCUUGGCCUUUGUCGUGGCCGCUGCAAUUCCCGAUUACUUCGGCUUCGUCUCGGUCAUCGCUGCCUUUUGCAUCAUUCAAUUCAGCUACUCCUUCCCUCCGAUCCUCCACCUCGCGUAUACAAUGCAGAAGAACGCCAUGCGAGGGGAGGAUGGAUUCGAUGAGACCACUGGAGAGACCCGACGAAGCGAUCAUGGUAUCAAACGGUUGAUCAGGGGCUUCUUCGCCGAUAAGUGGUAUAUCAAUGUGUGGCACGUGAUUCACGCUGGCGGUGCUUUGGCGACGGCAGGACUUGGUGCUUAUGCGGCCAUUGAUGGCAUGAUCGAGGCUUUCAAGAUUCCCCAGGUCAACGCUUUUACCUGCACGAGCCCCUUGAACCUGAACGCUUGAGCAGCAUGGUUGCUUGCGGGGAUCAAAAAGGGUUUGCCCUUGCGACCCCUUGUCGAUAGCACGCAUUAUGUGGAUGCUGGGUGCCAACUUGGAUCUGGAACGCUACAAUCACUCACCCCUGAGAGGAGCAUUGUCUGUCCUUGGGCAAGUUUGCAAUCUCCUAGAGAACACAGACGAUAUGGAGGAGCUUAGCCUUUAACAGGCACUGUUUGACUCAUGCGAGGCCUGAAUGAUAACAAAAGUCCUUGACACUACUCUAGAGUCUAGUCAAAGCUUACAAGAGUGGCAAUGGGGGUAUUCCUUGCUUAAUCCACGAAUUCCCCUGUCACACCUUCCACCAUAUGCGUUGCCGCUCGAUAACAAUUCAUAGGCCUCGAACGUACUCAAAGCGAUUGUCCUUCCAGCUCUUUCUCGGUCCAGUCCCAAAGCCUCCUCGCCAGCUCCUUGUCCUUUCCCACGGCGCCUGCCUUGCCACUAAUCCCAAUUGGCUCGUAAUAUUCCCC